GAACAAGAAGAAGAACAAGAAGAAGAACAAGAAGAAGACCCCGUAGUUAGUUCAAUCCCUUUGGUAUUGAACGGCUUAUCGUCAAGAAAUAGACAGUCUUUGCAUAUAUUACAAUACCUGGGAAGACCCAAGUCUCGCCCUUUUGGUAAUGAAAGCUUGACUGCGUCAGUAAAGAAGGAGUCAAACUGUAUAGAGGUCAAGGUGCCAUUGGAUACCCUGAAAUUCUACGACAGAGCAAGAUCAGAAGAAUGGGGUGGAGACGUUGAAGAGCAUGGUUUACAAGGGGUGCUAAAUAAGACGGAUGGUGGGUUAUAUGCCGCUAAGAUCAUUAAAGAGGGAGACCAAAGAAAGAUUAUCUUGAUUCCUGUUGAUAGUACAGCUCAAUUAAGACCAUCCUUUAAGUACAUGGAUGAAGUAGAUGCUGCUUCACUUGUCCAGCGCAAGGCCGAAGCAGCCUCCGAUACCAAGCCAACUGGGGUUCAAGUUUUACAAACCUCAGCCAAAGCCAACGCCAAUGUAAAUGCAGACGGGGUCGCUCAUAAUGCGUUGGGUGAGGCAUUGAAACAUAUCAAAAAGUUUGAUGAAGAAGAGUGGUCUCCUCUCAAUUGGAGACUGACUGAUGAUUCGGCCACUGAGAACCUCCAUAAAGAGCUUAUGGAACAGGCUGAAGCAAAAGAAUUAACAACCAAAACAACCAUGUUUGAAUAUAUUGACAAACUAACAGCAGAU